CAUUAUACUUGUAUACGCUGGCGUUUGUCGCACACAGCGUUUCUCGUGCCAUGGCUUCCAUCCUGAAGAGCUGUCGCGAGUUGCUAGUGGAGUUAGGCGCAUACUUGUGGUGUAUCGUGGCCAGGCUGGUAUUUGCACUGCGGUUUUCCUGGAAAAAGCCUCUGCCACUGCCAGCUACCACUGACGAGCUUCUGCGGCGUUCGGCUACAUCUCUUGCGGCCGACAUCAGAAAUGGCAAGGUCAAAAGUGUUGACCUCGUCUCGGCCUACAUCAGGCGCAUCCGGGAAGUGCAGCCCAUCAUCAACGCUGUCGUCGAGGAGAGAUUUGAGGAAGCACUCGAAGACGCCAAGGAGGUUGACAGACUGGUGGCAUCGGGGACCUUGAGCGCAAGCCAAAUGAGCAAGGAAAAGCCGUUGCUGGGGCUGCCGUUCACUGCCAAGAACAGCAUUGCCAUCAAAGGCUUACGACAGGAUGCAGGAUCGACGUUCUGGCACGGGCGGCGUGCCACGGAAGAUGCCCCGAGCGUAGCGUUGCUCCGGGCUGCCGGCGCCAUCCCGCUGGCCCUAACCAACGUGUGCGAACUGUGCAUGUGGGACGAUGCGCUGAACCUGGUGGACGGCUGCACGCGGAAUCCGCACGACACGCGCCGAAGCCCCGGUGGAAGCAGCGGUGGAGAGGGAAGCCUCCUGGCAGCGGCUGGCUCCCUGAUUGGCCUAGGAACAGACAUCGGCGGAAGCGUGCGAACACCAGCCGCCUACUGCGGGGUCUUCGGCCACAAGCCAACAGCCGGAGUGGUGCCCAACACUGGCCUGCUGCCAGAUGUUGGGGAAAAUCUGAAGCAGUUCAACUGCGUGGGUCCCAUGGCCAGGUUCGCGGAGGACUUGCCGCUGAUGCUCAACGUUCUGGUAGGAAGUGGAACCAACGGGCUUAGACUAAAUGAAAAGGUAAAUAUGAAGACGCUGAAGCUGUAUUACAUGGACACGGAAGGAAGCCUUUACAUCAGCCGUGUGACCACCGAGGCUCGCCGAGCAGUUACACGGGUCACCCAGUACCUCAAGGCGGAGCACGGACUCGAACCUCAGCGGCUGUACAUGCCCGAGAUGAGAUUCGCCAUGUUCAUGUGGUACAAGGUCGCCGACGCGAUGGACGACAAGCCACUGGCCGAGAUGUUCAGACCCGGUGGCUUCAACACGCUCGUCGAACUGCUUCGCUACCUGGUGGGAGUUGGCCGGCACACCCUGGCAGCAUUGGCCGCGUGCACCAUUAUGAGAGCUUGCCGCUUCGGUUCGAAGCAGAAGGCUGAAGCGUACAUCGCCUCUUUGAAUAGCGCCCGCGACAGGCUCGAAGAGGCGCUAGGAGACAAUGGAGUGCUCAUUCUGCCCGCAGCAGUGAGCGCUGCCCCGUUCCAGAAUCAGGACUUGUUGUUCUUAGAUUCGUCGUGCAUGACGGCUCUUUUCAAUUGGUUCAAGGUGCCCGCCACGGUGUGCCCCGUAAUGCGGUCCGCGCAGAAAUUGCCCCUGUGCGUGCAGGUAGUGGCGAAGAGGGGAAACGACAGGCUAUGCCUGGCUGUCGCCAGGGAGAUCGAGAACCGCUUUGGCGGGUGGCCUGAUCCUUCGACGAAAAUGCAAGGGCGGGUCUGACGUGCUCUUAACGACACUUUAUAACAGCAUUUGUAGUUUUCUGUUCUGUGUAUGUUUUUUUUUUAUCGCGGGAAAUCAGAAACUACUAUGUACAAAGCAUUUGGCAUUUUAAUAAAUGACGUUUCACAUCCGCGUUGAGAAAAUA